UCUGUGGAUAAGAUAACAAAACCAGAAAUUUAGGGUAUUUUUAUUCAACACCACAACAGUAUAAAAUCUCAAAAAUAGAAGGAACGAGAAUAGCUAAGGGGGUAGAGCUAUUAACAAUUGCGAAACACGAGAGAUUAGACAAAUAUUGUAAACAUCAAUACAGUGCCCAUCCAUUCUCCAUAACAAAAUGGGUUACUUUUAUCAACUUCAUCCUAAAUGUAUAUUUACGCCUUCCUGUUAGAAAAGAAAAACAAAUAUAAAAAUCUUAACAAAAACACCACUACUUCCAUACGAUCAUAACAAUAACAUCACUACCACACAUUCCAGAGUGUUUAAGAAAUAUUACUCUCUCUCUCUCUUUCUUUCUCUCUCUCUCUCUCUCUCUCAUAAAUUAAAUCAAAACUAAGUACUAAAAGUCACGUGCUCCGGAUACAAAGAAAGAAACCCCGGCCCGGGUGUUCAAGAGACGUUACGUUAGUUGCCAGGAGUAGCUUCCCUUCAUUUCUUAUCGUCAUUCUUGAACAUACUUGGAAAUGGUCAUAAAGCUUACGACCAGCACAUAGCCCGGUACUUUCAGUCGUUCAUAGGUUUGUAUUGCGAUCUAUCUUUUCUAGUUCUGUAGCAGUACAUGCCUCCUAGUGCAAUUAAAACAAUAGCGACACCCAAAGCAAUACCCCCAAAGAAGGUUCCUGUGCUGAAUUUUGCUUUCUGGGGCGAAGGGGUUGUUUUCCUUGUGGGGUGAGAUGGGGUUGUGUGUGGCUCAACUGUCGUCACGUUGUGUGGCGACGGUGGUUCUGUCGUCAUGUUGUGUGGCGACGGUGGUUCUGUCGUCAUGUUGUGUGGCGACGGUGGUUCUGUCGUCAUGUUGUGUGGCGACGGUGGUUCUGUCGUCAUGUUGUGUGGCGACGGUGGUUCUGUUGUCAUGUUGUGUGGCGACGGUGGUUCUGUCGUCAUGUUGUGUGGCGACGGUGGUUCUGUCGUCAUGUUGUGUGGCGACGGUGGUUCUGUCGUCAUGUUGUGUGGCGACGGUGGUUCUGUCGUCAUGUUGUGUGGCGACGGUGGUUCUGUUGUCAUGUUGUGUGGCGACGGUGGUUCUGUCGUCAUGUUGUGUGGCGACGGUGGUUCUGUCGUCAUGUUGUGUGGCGACGGUGGUUCUGUCGUCAUGUUGUGUGGCGACGGUGGUUCUGUCGUCAUGUUGUGUGGUGACGGUGGUGCUGUCGUCAUGUUGUGUGGCGACGGUGGUUCUGUCGUCACGUUGUGUGGCGACGGUGGUUCUGUAGUCAUGUUGUGUGGCAACGGUGGUGCUGUCGUCAUGUUGUGUGGCAACGGUGGUGCUGUCGUCAUGUUGUGUGGCGACGGUGGUUCUGUCGUCAUGUUGUGUGGCGACGGUGGUUCUGUCGUCACGUUGUGUGGUGACGGUGGUGCUGUCGUCAUGUUGUGUGGCGACGGUGGUUCUGUCGUCAUGUUGUGUGGCGACGGUGGUUCUGUCGUCACGUUGUGUGGCGACGGUGGUUCUGUAGUCAUGUUGUGUGGCAACGGUGGUGCUGUCGUCAUGUUGUGUGGCGACGGUGGUUCUGUCGUCAUGUUGUGUGGCGAUGGUGGCGCUGUCGUCAUGUUGUGUGGCGAUGGUGGCGCUGUCGUCAUGUUGUGUGGCGACGGUGGUGCUGUCGUCAUGUUGUGUGGCGACGGUUGAUAACCAUCUUCUAUCGGCAUCGAAUAAACGCCAUUACAAAUGAAGAGAAACACAAUCACUACACUCCUCCCCAUCCCCAUGUUCGUCAAGCAGUGUGUGCAAGUAU